AGUCAAAAUUAAUCACCAAAACAGAGCAAAUAUAAGAUUUGCAAGAAAACACUUGAAUGGCUGAAGCAACACUUCUUUUAAGUCAAGGGAUAUAAAAUUCAUCUGUUUCUGAUUGAUGACAUCAAAGCAAUCAGAAUGCCACGUGUUGAUUAGGGUUUAUGUUAUUUUUCAGUUACAUAUAGAAGUCCAUCCUUUCGUAUCCUGAAAUUCCAUUUUUACAUUGCUUUGUGCUCCACUUUGGUUAUGGCCUCUUGACUCUUGCCCUGCAACCUCUCUUAUUUUCUGUGUGAAUCCCCCGUUUCCUGAGUACCUCGACUGAAUUGUCUUAGACCCAAACGUUCAAAAGCAACACAAAAAAAGAACCUCUUUUAAGUCCUAACCGACUGGGCUCUUUGGUUCCUAGUUUCUCAAGUUGAGCUGCAGAAAGUCUGUUUUUUUCACGAGUUCUGGUUUCAAAACCUAGUUCUUUGUCUAUUUUGGCUUGUUUUGCAGUGCUUAGAGGGGCUUUGUUCGUUCAUAGAGCUAUUAAUCUGAGACCAACACCAUGCUAAUGUAGCAGGAAAGCUUUCCUUUGAAAGCAUUGUGGAACUUUUCAUUGUCAAAAUGUCUAAAGAUACACAUGGUUUUGUUGCUUGGGAAGAGCACAUUAUAUGCCAUGAGCGUGGUAACCGCAUUGUUCACUUUUACUUGAAGGAUACAUUUGGGGAUUUGGUGCUUGCAGUUGUAGGCACUGAGAGGAGUAUAAGGCACAUGAUGUAUGUUGUUUCAGAUGAAUUCUUGAAUGCUUAUGGAUCAGAAAGAUUUAUCAAUGUGUCCACAAAAUGGCGGGCAAGACGGGAAGUUGUAGACUGGUUGUCAUCACUGGUUGCAAAGUGUCAACCCCCGGUUGAUUUUCCAAAUUCACAGGUGAACGGUCCUCGACAAGAUUUCGGAUCUCGUGAUCUUUUGAUGACUGGAUUAAUUACUCAUCAAACCCAUUUACCGGAUUCAACGGUACCGAGGAAAUUGAGAGUUCAACAUUCAAACAUUCAGUGGUCUGGUGUUGCUUGGCUGUGCACUAAACAGCUCAAGCACUACCCAUCUUUUUGCAGGAAUGGAACUGCAAUAGCUGUUCAUUCCUUUGUUUUUGUCACGGCUGAAGAUACAAGUCACUACCUUGCAUACUUGGAAGAUAUGUAUGAAGAUAAGAAGGGGCAGAAGAAGGUGAAAGUGCGAUGGUUUCACCACCAUCAGGAAAUUGAAAGGGUACUUCCCAAUUUGCAUCCACAUCCUAGAGAAGUUUUCAUCACAGCUCAUGUUCAAGUGAUCGGUGCAGAGAGUGUUGAUGGUCUGGCAACAGUCUUGACUCCUAUGCACUACGAGAAAUGUGUGACUGCUGUUCCUCAUACUUCAACCUCAAGUAUCCAUAUGUGCUUCAGGCAGAUAAAAAACAAUAAGGUUAAACCCUUCACUCUCACUAAAUUGCGUGGCUACUCUAAUCAAGCAAUCCUCUCUGGUUUAUCCCCUCCUUUGCCCAAGCACAACAUCAAGUACCGUAAAAGGAAUAAGGAAGAUGAGAAUCUUGUGAGAAUGAGUACUAAAAGAAGUAGAAGUAGCAGGGGAGAGGGACUUGAAGGUGAUUUUGGUGUGAAAAAUACAUUUCCAACUGGCCAAAUUUUGAAUGGGGAACAGAUAUAUCCAAAAUUAAAGUUCAGGUUGUCAAGAAAAACAUUGGGCAUAAAGGUGGUUUUACCACAGCCUAAAUGUCAUGUUUCAUUUAAGGUGAAUGAAAAAGUAGAAUUGCUCUGUCAAGACAGUGGCAUUCGAGGCUGCUGGUUUAGGUGUCAAGUUCUGCAAACAUCUCAGAAGCAUUUUAAAGUUAGAUAUGAUGAUGUGGAGGAUGCCGAAGGUCCUGGAAAUCUGGAGGAAUUGGUACCUGCACAUAGAGUUGCACCUCCUGAUAAAUUGGGCAUGAGAUGUCCAGGCCGCCUGACGAUCCGACCCUGUCCUCCAGCAGAUUCUGCAGGCUUUAAAUUUGAUGUUGGAGCACCAGUUGAUGCAUGGUGGAGUGACGGAUGGUGGGAAGGUCUUGUAGUAGGUGUCAACAUUUCUGGAAAUGAUUUCUUGCAAGUUUACCUACCUGGUGAAGACAAGUUCCUGACUAUCCAGACAAAAGAUGUUAGGACUUCCAAGGAUUGGGUUGGUGACAAAUGGGUUGAUAUAAUGGCAAAUCCAGAUAUACUCUCUCAUCUCUCGGCAAAUACAAAUUCAAAUGCAAAGCUCUUAAUGUGCUCUACUAUUGCAGAAGCUCAGCAUUGUGGUAGCAAUGCAUUGCUGGAGCAAAAAGUCAUCACAACUUCCCAACUUGAAGCUGUUGAAGAAGUUGAAGCAGAAAUAGCAGGCUCAGUCAUGAUUCAUGACCUCAAAAAUGUGAACAAAGUUGAUAUGAGAAAGCAGCCUCAUGUCCAUGUCGGCAAUGAAAUUGACAAAGGUGGAGAUGGAGAUGGAGAUGAUGAGGAUGAGGAUGUCAAUGACAAGAAAAACAAACAAGAUGUUGGUGAUGAGGCCAAGAUGCUUUUGGAUGGCAAUGAUAUUGAAUCUGCCAACUAGAAGAAAUUAGUAGUUGAAGCUCUGCAGGUGAUCAUGUAAGUUGUAUAAUGGUUGGUUCAGAAAGAGGUGGAGAUAUUUUGACCUGGAUGGAAAAUUAUGUUUUUUUUCUGGUUUCCUGUAUAUAAGAUAGAGAAGAGUUGGCAAACAAAUGUUCGGAGAAUGAUUCUUGAGUUUUCUAACAUCAGGAGAAAUGGCAGAUGUAUGGCAAUAUAGGGUUGGUUAAAAUAUGCAUCAGACUUGGUGUAUAUUUCAGGUCAGAAAUAGCUGACUUCAGUCGUAGGAGUCAUGGGUGCACUUUUGCGCCUAUAGUCGGUAUGCUAGUUUCUGUAACUGUCUUUUACAUGUUAAAAGGGGUCAUGUUUUCAGUAUAGUGUCUGAGGUUUUAAUUGUACAGGUUUUAAGGUGGUUCAUGUUUGUUAGGUAAAUCGAAUAAUUAACUUAUAUUGCUCCA